AAAUGAGUAGUAAACAUCAACUUGUAUGGUUAGACUCCGCUCUAAGCACCAGGGACACCGGCAUUGACAAACGUGAGCCCUGUCCCCACUUGGAGCUUAUGUUCUCUGGAAGGGCAGAUGAGUAAACAAACUUGCAAUAUGUAGGAACUGUGAUGUGGCAUGAAGAAAACAAGCAAGGACCUGCAACAAACCACCAACACCGUAGAGGAGCCCCUGGAUCUCAUCAGGCUCAGCCUGGAUGAGCGAAUUUAUGUGAAAAUGAGGAAUGACAGAGAGCUUCGAGGCAGAUUACAUGCUUAUGAUCAGCAUUUAAAUAUGAUAUUGGGAGAUGUGGAAGAGACUGUGACUACCAUAGAAAUUGAUGAGGAAACCUAUGAGGAGAUAUAUAAAUCAACAAAACGGAAUAUUCCGAUGCUCUUUGUCCGGGGAGAUGGUGUUGUUCUAGUUGCCCCUCCAUUAAGAGUUGGCUGAAACAAAGAAUUUAUCGUGUUAUGGAAUAUAGGAGACUUUGUAUGAUUGCCUCUUUAAAUGUAGAAGACACUCAAAAGAGAAACCUGCGUUAAUUUCGACAUUAAGAAAUGACCAAGGAUUCUUGCACUCCUGAAAUGAGUUGAUUUGCAGAUAACUCAAAAAUUCUUAAGCUAAAGAGUAUUUUUAUUUUUUCCAACCCUUUCAAUAAAUGUGAUCACCAAGAUGCAGAACUCUUUUUCAGGAGUUGAUUUGCUGUUGUUUUCUCAGACAGUUUCUGGGUUUUUUUUUUCCUUUAAAUUGAAUUUGAUGUUUCCUUUUUUAAUUUUUUUUAAUGCGAACUCUUUAAAGUAAACACACAUCUUACGUUGA